GGAGGUAGAGUUUGCAGAUGGGGUCCUGGUACGUCUCGAACAAAGAUUGUUCGACGUACCCUACAAAGAGGCAGGCAUAGCAAGGGGCCAUGCGCGUGCCCAUAGCUACGCCUUGUAUUUGGAGGAAAUGGGAGGAGUCAAACGUAAAGUUAUUAAGGGUAAGGACCAGCUCCGCUAGGCGGAGGAGAUUAUUAGUAGACUGGUUCUGCGGUUGAGGGGACCGACCAACUGCUCCAUCCUUAACUCCCUGGUCAAUUUAUCCCUUCCCACCCAAACCACCCCACUCCUGGCAACCGCAGGAAAUGCUACACUUGUCGCUUUACCUUCUCACUUGACUCCAUUCACGGACCAAAUAGUCUUUCCAGGUGAGGCAGAGGUUCACCUGCACCUCCUCCAACCUCAUCUAUUGCAUCCGCUGCUCUCGAUGUCAGCUGCUCUACAUCGGUUAAACUAAGCGUAGGCUUAGCGAUCACUUUGCCCAAUACCUCCGCUCGGUUUGCAUUAACCUACCUGAUCUCCCGGUGGCUCAGCACUUCAAUUCCCCCUCCCAUUCCGAAUCUGACCUUUCUGUCCUGGGUCUCCAUGGCCAGAGUGAGGACCACUGUAAAUUGGAGGAUCAGCACCUUAUAUUUUGCUUGGGAGGUUUGCACCCCAGCGGUAUGAACAUUGACUUCUCUAAUCUCAGCUAGUCCCUGCUUUCUCCUCCCCUUCCCAGUUCUCCCACAGCCUACUGUCUCCGCCUCUUCCUUUCUUUUUCCCGCCCCUCCCCACAUCAGUCUGAAGAAGGGUCUCAACCCGAAACGAUGCCUAUUCCUUCACUCCAUAGAUGCUGCCUCACCCACUGAGUUUCUCAGCAUUUUUGUCUACCUUUAACUAUUUUACCUGGUCCCUUCACGCCAUCCAGCAACCCAAACAGUCCUAUCAGGUGAACCAGCAAUUUACUCGUUCCAAUCUAGUGCAAUACAUUUGGUGUUCACAAUUCCUCUACAUUGGAGAAACCAAAUGGAGAAACAGAUUGAGUAACUGCUUAGUGCAGCAACCUGAGCUUUUUGCUGCUUGUCACUGUUCAAGUAACUAGUUUUUUUUUGUGUAUAUUUAGAAUCAAACAGUUCUGAUGUCAGGUUAUCCGUCUGUAACAUGAGCUCAGUUUUCCCUCUGUGGUCAUUGCCUGAUCUGAUAACCAUUUCCAGCUUUCUCCCUGUUGGUUUUGUGUUUCAGGAAUAGCUCUGAUCUCUAUGUCACAUUUUUACCAUGUCCCCUUUGUUGGCCAUACAGGUCUGUAAACAGAAUCACAUUGAUCUCAUUCAUUCUAUCAGUGAUAUUCCCUUCCUCCUAUCUAUCACUCCUCCAUUCACUCUGCAUAAAACUAUCACCUGACUUUCAAAGUUUUAAUGAAGGAUCUUUGACUUAAAAGGUUAACUCUUUUUUUCCAUGUAUUUUCCCUGACUUACAGACAGACAGACUGUUUCCAACAUCUAUUUUCUAACACCUGUAUUUUUGUAAUGUUCACCAACUUGUCUCUUUGGUAGGUUUGAGCACGUAAGUUCCACUGUACUUGUAGUUUACUUCUAUAAGAAGAUGAGCUAAUUCUGGGCCUUACAAAUUGAUGCUGAAUGCAAAUAGAAGUUGUCUUGAUAAAUGUUUAUGAAUUAGUCGGAGAUUUGUGGCCACCACUGAGGGACCACAGGAAACUUAUAGACUAGAGAAACUAGGAUUGUUCUUAUAUAGAGAUAUUUUUCAGUGGGGAUUUUAAUAACUUUUCAAAACUACUGUGUUUUAAUAUUUUAAUAUGGAGAAACAUUUUAUACUGGCAGGACAGUGAGAAACUCAAAAACAUUGACAUGAGACUUGCAUAAGAACCUGAGAGAUGAGCAACUGUCUUGCUCUCCAUGUUAUGAUCUGCAAUGCUUCCUGAAGGGGAUGGUGGUAGAUUUAUUGCAAGUUUAAAAAAUAAACCUUGCAAAACAUUGUUGAGAAGUUGUUGUGUGAUUUGAUUUAAAUAGCUAUUGCAGAGUGGGAAAAUUUGACAUAUUUUCCAGUGCUGUGUUACUGAAACAUUCCGUAAAGUUGUCUAUCAAGUGUGCAAUUUGUGAAUUCUUGCAUUUCAUUUGCGACUGCAUUUCAAAAAUUUGAAUGAUUGUUUGGAAGGUCUACAGUUGUGCAACAAGACAUGAAAUGGCUGCAGGUAUUACAUUUCAGCUGGAAACGCAAGAGACUGGAGGUGCUCAGAAAUGAAGAAAGAAAGCUGCUCAAAGAACUCCAGUCAGGCAGCAUCUGAGGGAAAACAAUGGUCAACGUUUUGGGUAAAGACUGCUCAGCCUGAGCAGUUUUGCAUAAACACAGUUGUGCUUUAUUUUGUAUUUUGAAACUGGAUUUGAUUAAUUUAUUCAUAAUUUCUACAGUGCUCUUCGGGCAUGUGGAUCAAAAUGAAAGGUAAUCCAAGUAAUCGCGCUAACACGCUUUUACUCAGCAAAGGUUAUCAAUUCUCCAAUCAAUUUUCCAUCUGCUCUACCAAAGUCUAGGCAUGUUAGCCUUCAUAACAACAUGUUAGCCUUCAUAACAAAAUUAUUUGAUGUUGCCUAGAAACCAUGCCCUUUGGAGGAAUUAGCUGUAGCUGAAGCUCUAAGAUAAAUGGAAAUGUAUUGGACAUUUAUUACAUGGUGAAAUGAACACAAUGCCACCUUCCUGCUACUGAAAUUGCCUUGGGAAGCUUUAGUUGAAUUUUAGACAAUAGACAAUGGGUGCAGGAGUAGGCCAUUUGGCCCUUCAAGCCAGCACAGCCAUUCACUGUGAUCAUGGCUGAUCAUCCACAAUCAGUACACUGUUCCUACCUUCUCCUCAUAUCCCUUGACUCCGUUAUCUUUAAGAGCUCUAUCUAACUCUCUUGAAAGCAUCCAGAGAAUUGGCCUCCACUGCCUUCUGAGGCAGAGAACUCCACAGAUUCACAACUCUGAGAGAAAAAGUUUUUCCUCAUCUCCGUUCUAAAUGGCCUACCCAUUGUUCUUAAACUUGCCCCUGGUUCUGGACUCCCCCAACAUCGGGAACUAGUUUCCUGCCUCUAGCGUGUCCAAUCCCUUAAUAAUCUUCAAUAAGAUAUCCUCUCAUCCUUCUAAAUUCCAGUAUAUACAAGCCCAGUCGCUCCAUUCUUUCAACAUAUGACUGUCCCGCCAUCCUGGUAAUUAACCUCAUGAACCAACACUGCACUCAAUAGCAAGAAUGCCCUUCCUCAAAUUUGGACUUAAGCUUUCUUCACUACCUGCUGUACCUGCAAGCUUACUUUCUGUGACUGAUGAACAAGGACACCCAGACCUCGUGGUACUUCCCCUUUUCCUAAUUUGACACCAUUCAGAUUUUAAUCUGCUUUCCUGUUCUUGCCACCAAAGUGGUAACCUCCCAUUUAUCCACAUUAAACUGCAUCUGCCAUGCAUCUGCCCACUCACCCAACCUGUCCAAGUCACCCUGGAUCUUCAUAUCAUCCUCCUCACAGUUCACACUGUCACCCAGCUUUGUGUCACCUGCAAAUUUGCUUAUGUUACUUUUGAUCCCUUCAUCUAAAUCAUUAAUGUAUAAUAUAAUUAACUGUGAUCCCAGCACCAAGUCUUGCACUACCCCACCAGUCACUGCCUUCCAUUCUGAAAGGGAACCGUUAAUCCCUACUCUUUGUUUCUUGUCUCCCAACCAAAUUUCUAUCCAUGGUAGUGCACUACCGCUAAUACCAUGUGCACUCAUUUUGCCCACUAAUCUAUCAAAGGCUUUCUGAAAGUCCAGGUGCACUACAUCCACUGGCUCUCCCUUGUCCAUUUUCCUAGUUACAUCCUCAAAAAAUUCCAGAAGAUUCCAUUAGCUUAAUACUAGCAUGCCACUAAAAUUGAAGGCCAGGACCAAAAUUAUGCAUGUGACUUAUCUGCCUAGUUAGAUUAUCAACUUUGUUCAGCUAGGCAGUAUAAAUUGGGUGUAAGCAAAGCUGAUAUUGAUCUGGAAGUGUUAAGUACAGCAAUAUUUUCUUCAAAGUUGAAUAUGUAUACUUGCUUUCUUUGGCUGCAUGAAGGUGCUGUAUAUCAGCUGCCACUUGUUAAAUUUUCCUUUGAUUUGUAAGUAUUCAAAAUGGCUCAGAGCAGCAUUGGACAUAAAUUUCCAAAUCUCCAGGAAUGGAAAAUUCAAGAAAACAAAAGCGGAAAGUCUGUCCUAGAACUUCAAGUAGGGAAGUCCUGGCUGUAUUUUGUCUGUACAUUUCAUCUUCAGUCCUUAUGACCGCAAUGAUUUCUGCCUAUUUCUCAAUUACAUGCUCACAAGAAUGCCAUCGGAAUACCUAGCAAUGGUUUCCCUAUGUGCAGAAACAAUAUCCAUCUCUAAUCUACUACCUUCCCAUGUCUCUCUGUAUCUACUACUUGUUCAGUGCUGAAAUGCUGCAACUAAAUAUUGACUUUACCCCUCUCGCUGGUUUCUACCUGACAGUGAACUAUAUCACUUGCAAACUUGGUUUCAAAUGGUCCCUGCCAAUGUUUUUAUUACAUUGCCUGACUCUGCCACCAUUACUGCUAGUUUGUUGAAAUUACAUUAAUUCCAUUCUUACCCUGGAGCUGACAAUUUCAACACCAUUUUUUCUAUUUUACCCUGUGUAAACCCAAGGUCGCCCAGACUAUGCUUAUAUCCAAACUCACACCAAGUUCCUUAAAAUAUUAUCUUUUUGUUCAAGCUUUUGAGGUAGCCCAAAACUUCCUUGUGUAGCUUGUCAAGACUUCCUGCACUGUGUCGAAGCACAUUUUGUUGCAUUAAAAGUACCGUAUACGAUAUUCUCAAAUUUAAAGGGUAACAUUGACACCAACAUGUGAAAGACCCAAGAUGGAUUUUGAUUGAAAGAUACAUAUCUUUCUUUAUAUAUCUUUCUUUAACUUCUUUCGGCCCCUAGGUCAGCGAAAAUUAUUGAUCACCCGUUUACAUUAGUUCUAUGUUAUCCCUUUUUAGCAUCCAAUCCCCACACCCGAAGCAAUUUACAGAGGCCAAUUACAAACUUGUACAUCUAUGGUUAUGUGGAAGAAAAACGGAGCACCCAGAGGAAACCUGUGCGGCUAUUUACCUGUGUUUGCACGUGACAAAUCAAAAGCACAAUCUCAUUAAACGAGUUUGUUACUACCAGUUUCAUAGCAACAUAAUAUCGAUCAAAAUCAAAAUUGUUUCAUAACGUGAUAGCCGCACACGACCAAAACAUGUUUGGUUAAUGCCCUAUAAUAGCUUAAUAGCUUUCGGAUACGUAACACAUUAAUAUCGUUGAUCAACAUAAACACCAUAAAUAACGUAUUUGUGUCAACCUUGUUCCUCUUCCUAGAACAAUCAUCCUAUCCCCACUCCUUCCGGCUUCGUGUUCAGGUUAGGUUCACUUACACUGAGCCAGAACUGUCAGUCACACCCGGUGCCACACGCUGUAACCUGCCGCCUUCCUGCUGACAGGUGGAUUCCAGAGCUUAAACGGUUCGUGGAAAUGGCCACUUCAGAAGAGGAACAGAUCGCCACCCUCAACGACUUGUCCAAACAAGCAAUUGAUGGGUAUGACAAUCUUGUGAAAGAAAAUGAGAAGAUGAAAGAGGAGAAUAUAAGAUUGACUGAGGAAAAAGAUAAUGCUGUUCAACAAGUGAAAGAACUCCACAGAGUCUCUCGAAUGGUGAUUGAUGAAGUCGGUGUAAUUCAAAGCCACCUUGACAUGGAGAAAAGUUGCCGUGAAACUGCUGAAAUAUUUGCUUCAAAGCUCCACAAGGACAAUAAGAACCUUAAAAGAAUCAGCAUGCUCUGCAUGGGGAAACUGGCAACAGAUACGCUCCCUGUUGAGCUUUCCUUAGGAGAAGAUUCAACAAUUGAUGCAACAAAUAUGCAUUUAGACAAGGAUGUUGGAUGUACUUCAAUAGAAUGUCAACAUCAAAUUCAAGAUCUUCGAGAAAAACUGACAAUAGCACUGGAAGAGAAGAAGCAGUUGUCUUUUCAGCUGGAGACCAUAAAAGGUCAUUGCAAGGACUUGACUGCUAAUUUACAAAAAGAAGAAGAAAGAAACAUUGUUCUGGCUACAAAAGUUGACAAACAAAAUCAAAUUCUAGCCAAGUACAAUAAAGUUUCCACUUUGGCCCUGGAGGAAUACGAAAGCUUGGAGCAAAGUCUAGAAAUGGAGAAAGAUCUCCGAGAGGAGGCAGAGUCUUUUGCUCAUGAGAUGCUUAUCGAACAAAAAAAAUUAAAACGGCAAAGCCGGGUUCUUAUUCAGAAUAUGGUGCCUCACGAGCAGCUAAUGAAAGCUCUUGACGACCUUGCAAUUGUGACAGAGGUAAUGGAGAAGGAAAGAAUUCUGCAUGAGAAGAAGAUAAAGGAAAUGGAGGAACAUCUAAAUAAUUCCAGACUUCAGAAAGAGCUAAACUCACUGAGGAAGCAGCUUACACUUUUUGAAGAAGACAAAGAUGAACUCAAACUUAAGUGCAAAAUAUCUGAUCAGCAAGUUAACGAUCUGAAACAUACCAUUGAUGAACUGCAGAAACGCAUCCAACAAGCGGAAAGCUCUACACCACCACCACCACCACCGCCUCCACCUCCACCUCCACCUCCACCUCUUCCAAAGCUAUCACCAUCUGCAAAUCCACUAAAAAAUCUUAUGAUGAUCAUUUGUAAAAAACAGAAAGCAUCCAAUUUGUCGCAGGAAUCGGACGGAUCCUUGGAUGAGGUGAAGAAACAAGCAGUUGAUGAAAUGUUGGAGAGAAUUAAGAAGGGAGUUCAGCUUCGGAAAGUUAAUUGUCCUAACAUGACUCCACUUACUAAGAAUGCACCUCAAGAAUAUACUGCGCUACGCGAGCUCAGGGGAAUACUGAAAUCUAAUAAAGUUGGAACGUUGGCCACCGUUACCCAGGUUACGGGAGAAAGUGAGCUGGAAAGAAUCUUAUGUCACAGAAAGGAAAUAACAGAAACUGAUGCUGGUCUACAACAUAAAGCGAUUGAUACAACAUCUCAAUGUGUGGCUGCCUUAAGUUCGGGAAAUAUAUUAAUCAGGAAUAACUUUAAUCGAAUUUCGGGUCGGAGAGAACGAAGCAAGAAAGUAAAUUCAAAGCUUUCAGAUUCCUGCUCAGUUCCAAAUCAAAAGAAGGAGAAUGACUAAUCAAAAGUUAAAUAUUUGCUAAAUAUUUUUCCAUGGUUGAUUUCAAAGCAACAAUGCCUUUGUACAGUGUGUGGAUCAGAGGAGCAAAUUUAAUUGGUGAAAGUGAGAGUUUUUUGGAGCCCUCCUUUGUCAAUGUGCACGGCUUUUUUCCCCUUCCUCUUUAAAGAUUAGAUUUUAUUAACUCACCCAAAGCAGCGGAGGCACUGAUGUUUUGAUCCUCUGUAUAAUUUAUUGUGCCAAAUGAAGUGCAAAACACCUUAACCGGGAAGGAAAUGAAAUAAAUCUCUGCAAAUUCAAGCACAAUGUAUGAUAAUGGAAACUGAACAGCACCUUGUAUUUUUGUGUUCUGCAGUCAUGGUUAUUAUGUGGAAUAAAAGAGUUAUGUGUACUUCCUUAUUUAGUCCACUGACCGCUUAUUAACUGAUGAAAAAUGAUACUUCAGGAUAAGUCCUUUGCUGUUAAAUCAGCAUCUCCUUUAUUUUCUAUUAACUCUUGCACUGCUGAUUCUCAUUUAGAAGCACAAAUUUUCCAAGAUAUUCACUUCAGCUAUACAUUUCUUAUUGGCAUGGUUCAAAUAGUUAUAAAAUGUUGCGUUAUAGAGUGGAAUUUGCUCUGAUUGCACAAUUAUGUAUUGCUGUGCCUUAUCAUGAACUAUUUGAUAAAUAGAUGAAAACCAAUUGAUGGCUCCUCUCUCUUGGAAUCUUUGGCUACAAAAGACUAUGGGGGAGAAAUCUCUGGUUGCUGGCAGUAAAUGCAUUCGGUUCACUGAGCUUCACGUUUUUGUAAAAUUCACAUGCAAUAGAGAAAUGGUGUAGUAGCAGAAUAACUGACUUGGACACUUUCCCAGCUCUCUUCCAGCUUUUUCCUCUCUCCUCGGUCUACAAUCGGCCUGAUGAAGGUUGCCGUCCCGAAACGACACCCACCCAUGUUUUCCAGAGAUGUUGCCUGACCUACUAAGUUACUACAGCAUUUUGUGUACUUUUGUGCAAACCAGCACCAGCAGUUCCUUGAUUCUGUAUGAUAACAAUAGUUACUGGACAAACAUCCAACAAGGCUGUUGACGCACCAGUGUAUUUGACUGUCAAGUACCCCCUUUAUUUAGGGAUAAUUAGUGAUGUACAGUGAAUGCCAGCAUUGUCCAUGUCCUGGUAAACAAAUAAUAUGUUUGCUUUUAUUACAGAGAAACUACAGUAUGAUCUUUGCAGUGUCCAGAAUCAGUAUGUUUAGACAGAUGGUACACAAAAUUGCUGGAGAAACUCAGCGGGUGCAGCAGCAUCUAUGGAGCGAAGAAAAUAGGCGACCUUUCGGGCCGAAACCCUUCUUCAGACUCUUUAGACAGAUGCAAGUUUAUGUUAGCAAUGGAGACCCAAUGACUGUGGAUGUUUUGGGGGUUUGAGGCCAUGAGGAAGUUAUGUUGCUAUUGAACUGAGUGACAUUGCUGGAACAAGGUCACCUCCAGGACAAGGGGUCACAGCUUAAGGAUAAGGGGGAAAUCCUUUAAAACCGAGAUGAGAAGAACUUUUUUCACACAGAGAGUGGUGAAUCUCUGGAACUCUCUGCCACAGAGGGUAGUUGAGGCCAGUUCAUUGGCUAUAUGGACAACAGAUGGCACAAUGGGCUAAGUGUUCGGCUGGCGACCGGAAGGUAGCCGGUUCGAAUCCCGCUUGGAGUGCAUACUGUCGUUGUGUCCUUGGGGCAAGACACUUCACCCACCUUUGCCUGUGUGUAAAUGUAAUGUAAUUAUGUGAAGCACUUUGGGGUCAAUGCAAGUUGACUAAAAAUGUGCUAUAUAAAUAAGAUUAUUAUUAUUAUUAUUUAUAUUAUAUUUAAGAGGGAGUUAGAUGUGGCCCUUGUGGCUAAGGGGAUCAGAGGGUAUGGAGAGUAGGCAGGUACGGGAUACUGAGUUGGAUGAUCAGCCAUGAUCAUAUUGAAUGGCGGUGCAGGCUCGAAGGGCCGAAUGGCCUACUCCUGCACCUAAUUUCUAUGUUUCUAUGUUUC